UUGAUCAUCUGCAACGUGUUAGAAAUCAAACUGUAGUUAGAUACCAGUAAACACAGACACGGUGGUGCAAAGGACACAUUGGUACGGACAUAAGGCACGGUGGUGCAUAAAUCACGCUGGUUCGUGGGGAUAUUGGGACUUCAUUCACUUAUUGGAGUACUGCUGUAUUUUUCUUACAUUCCUAAAAGAUUUAUUAGAAUCAUCAUGGAUCACAGUAUGAUGAAUCAUUCCAUGCCAGGGCAUAAUAUGAUGAAUAUGAGCACACCAGACCCACACGCUGGACACGGACACCAUAUGGGAAGUACGACCACAAUGGACCCACAUGCGGGACACAAUAUGGGUUCUACGAUGGACCCACAUGCCGGACAUGGUGGCCAUGGCGGAAUGAAGGGUGACACCUUAGACCACAGUUCCCACGCAGGCUCAUCCCAUGGAAUGUAUUUCCACUUUAGUCCUGAAGCAACAAUUUUGUUUUAUGGCUGGAAGACCACAACUACUGGUGGUAUGGUUGGCUCAUGUAUUGGAAUAUUCUUCAUGGCAAUGAUGUACGAAGGCCUGAAGGUUUUCCGUGAAUAUCUCCUACGAAAAGGGACCAACAACCCACGCAGCAAGAAAGCUUACGCAUUGAACAGCUCCACUGACCCUGUAGUUGACCAUGAAUAUGUUACAUUACAACAGCCAAAGCUGUUCAGUUUAGUCCACAUAGUGCAGACAUUACUUCACAUCAUACAAAUCACUGUCAGCUAUUUCCUCAUGUUGAUAUUCAUGACGUAUAACGUGUGGUUGUGUAUUGCCGUGGCCCUCGGGGCAGGUGCUGGAUAUUUUGUGUUUGGCUGGAAACGUGCAGUCGUAGUGGAC